AUGGCUACCAAUGCACACUACUCGUUAAAUUUGACAGGCAUUGCAUCAGGCACAGCGUACACAAUCAAUAUGGGCAUUGGGACAUUAGAUGAAUCAGGAUUUGCAAGCGAACGAAACAUUUUCCGACUGAUUGCAGACACUGGCUCGUCGAACGAUGCGGUGCUUGGAUCUGGAUGCUGUGGCACUGAUGUUCAAGUGACCUAUUCUUGUGAUGCAUCGUCAACUUGUACUAAUCAUGGGGAUGAGGUGGUCAAUUUGGCAUUUGCAGGAGCGAAUAUACAAGGGCAGUUUAUGACGGAUGUGUGGUCGUCUAGUGAGGUAGGCGAUAUUUCCAAGACUUUUCUGGUCAUUGAGAAGCAAGACACGUUCUAUCGGUCCACAUAUGAUGGUAUCACUGGCUUGGCGUACGAGGCACUAGCAGCGUCGAUAGAAGACACUGUGUGGUCUUUAUAUCAUGUACUAGUGAGUGAGGGAAAGACUACAGAUGCCUUUGGAAUGCUACUGUGUGGUACCAUGCAGCCUAUGUUGCAGACCGGAGGGACUGACUUCACGCACCAUUCGGGCCAGUUAAUUAUUGGCGGCGCUGAAGGGACUAAUGGAGAGGUUUACUAUACGGGAGAUAUGCUGUACACUCCGAUCACAAGAGAAGCAUGGUAUGUUGUGACCGUAACGGACAUUGGGUAUAACGGUGAAAGUCUAGGGUUUUCAUGUGAUAGCUACAAUGAACCACAGGCCAUUCUUGAUUCUGGAACAAGUAAUUUAGCGUUUCCGUCGGAUGUGUACAACGCUCUGAUGUACCAAAUCAGAGCGGCAACAUUGAAAGCAAUACCAGGCUUUGACCCCAGUUACUUUGACGACUCGACUUCGUGCUGUGGUGAAGAAUACUGCGACCCAACCUCGUUGAACGCUGCAUUGUUGGAGCUGCCUUCGAUUUACUUUACACUUGGAAUGGAGGCGAGCGAUGGGUCAACUAAUAAGCACUUUAUUGUUGAGAUUCCGCCCGAGUACUACUGGCGACCUGAAAUGAAUGGUGCUAACUCCAGUACACCUUGUCGCGCAAUUGGCAUUUCUGAAGGAACGUCAACUGUUCUCGGCGACGUGUUCAUGGACGGGCUGUACUCUUACCACGAUCGAGUGGAUGGAAAAAUUGGUUUAGCAGUAGCUGACAACUGCCCAAACAGCGUCAAUUCAAGCAAAAAAGUGUACAUGUCCGAUGACUCGAACGAUUGGUGUUCAUGCUUUUCUAGUACGCUGAAAAAGAGGAGUUCAUGGAGUACGUACGUUCCGGGUGGCACUGGGUGCUUUUUCUGGCAAUGGUGGAUGUACGUGGUGAUUGCUAGCUUCUUGGUCACGAUCGCCUGUAUCUGUGUAUUAAUUUGGUGGCAAAGAACCAAAAGCCGCCUGAAGAAAAUGCAAGAAGGGUUAUGCAGAUCCGGUAGCAGCGCUGCUCGCACAACUAGCUUUCCGACGAUGCAGUUGUUAGGUUCUGACACAAGGUCAGCACUAGCACCUACGUCUUCGCCUCAUAGCUAUUACACAGCGCCUGCAUCAACACCAAAGAGAGGGCCUACUCGUUCUGGUUCUAGGCAGGGAUCGAUGCGGUCGCCAAAGUCUCACGAUAACAAGUUGAAGCAAAUGCUCAUGGAUGUGCCAAUGAUUACAGAUUCGAAGAUUUCUAGCAGGAGCUCGCUGCUGUCACCAUUAUCUUCAAAGUCAAGCAUCGCAUUGCUCUCGGAACCGAAUUCGUCAAUUAGCUCCGUGGAAAGCAAGCAACAAAAGUCAAACUCAUAUUCCGAUGGCUACCGCUUUAAGUCGGGCCACAGGUCAAAUCAUAACGAUCGAUGGGGCGCUUCGCUGAGAGAAGACGAGUUUUAA